AUGUUCGUCUACCAGGGAAAGCUUCAGUGGUUCAACUACGGCCAGGACGAGACCUUGGCUGUUGUCUUGCCCAAUGGCUUUGCCCGUGACGGCGACACUGCCUACAUCUUCUCUCAAUGGACAGUGGACGCCCAGGGAAGAAAGAAGUACAACUGGUUCCAAACCCUCGUCGUCUCGAACCUGACAAAGACUUCGUGCGGCGAUGAUUCCUUCGUCCUCAAGGGUGCCUACUACACAUGGAAGAUCACCACACAGCAGACCUACAGCAAGAUCAGCAUCACCAUGUCCAACCCCCAGAAGGAUAAGAGCACCAUGACUGCCAACCGCGUCUGGGAGUCCAAGGGCGAGCAGGACACUGGCGAUGCUCGAAUCUGGACUGGCAAGUUCAACUAUAUCCAGUAUGCGAGCAACGAGCCGGCCAUCUUUAUCGCCCCCGACGGUUUCGGUGACGGCAAGCCCAUCCUUUCCCUUUGGCAGUGGACAAAGAACGCCAAUGGAGAGCCCAAAGCCCCGUCCUUCCGCAGUUGUGUUCAGAAGGCGCUGAGCAAGCCUGGCUGUGGAAACUAUCAGUUCAGCUUCACCGACUACUACACCCUCACAUGCACCUGGAACGACAAGAGCGAGUCACUUGCAGCUCGCCUGAGAUAUGGAAGUGGCCAAGAAUAUGAUGUGGCUACUCUGAACCUUUCUGCCAAGAUUGAGCGAGAGGGCCGCGACAACCACUCCUUUGACCCCCACGAGGCCCCUGGCAAGAAGGAGGAGGUUGAGACUCAUCUUCCCCAGGCUCAGCCUUCGCUUCGCCGCCUCCUGACUCCCCUUCCAUUCCCCCCUAAGCUGCUCGACACUUUGGAGCACACUGCCGCCUUUCUCGACCAAGCUGGCUACCUUGCCAGAUAUGCACAGGAUCGCUUCGCCGCUCUAGACGCCGACUACCAUGUUCAGGUCCACCUGGUUGAGGCUCUCCAAAAGGAGAACAUCAAUCUCAAGGAGCAAAUCAAGAAGCUCACCGAUGCCCUCCGACUCGCCAACUCCAAGGCGGAUGAGCUCCAGAGACAGCUCGAUGCGGCCAAGGCUGACGCCAAGAAGAAGGAAGAGGAGCUCAGGAAGAGAAUCCAGGAGCUUGAGAAUGAGAACAUCAAGGACGACAAACUUCUCGAUGAUCUCCGCAAGGAGCUCGCUGCUCUGCUGGCCAAGAUUACCCAGCUGGAGAACGACUUGGCUGCUCUUCUGGUUGAGAAGAAGUCUCUCCUCUCUCAGAUCACCACCCUGCAGGAGAGUGUUGUGGUUCUGGAGGCCCAGAAGGUGGAGCUUGAGAACUCCCUGAAGGUUCAGAAGGACCUCAACGAUGCUUUGGAAAAGAAGAACGCCGAUCUUACCCAGGAGAACAAGACCCUGACGGACGAGAAGAUCGCUCUUCAGGCCCAGCUUGCCAAAACCCAAUCUGAGCUCGCCGAUACUCAGGACAGUCUCAAGAAGACCCAGCUCAAUCUAGACAGCGCCAGCAAGAAGCUCAAGAGAACCGAGACCAAGCUCGAGGACAGGGAAGGGGACCUUGAGAGGCUCAGGGAUUUGUUGGUCAAGGCUGACAGGAAGAUCAACAAGCUUGAGGACCGGUUGGCUGACAACGACAUUGACUUUGACGACCUCAAGUAG